AUGGCCCACGUCUCUGAUGAUGAGGUCAUGCACAGUGGCGAAGAGACUACGACAGCCACCAAGAUCACAAAGAAAGAGCAGGAGAAGAUCGAAAAGGCUGAGCGCAAGGUCCAGCGAGACAACCAGCGCGACCUGAUCCGGCAACAAAAGGAGAACUUUGAAAAUGACACUGCCAAGAUGGAGAAGGAGAAGCUCGUCGAUACAUCCAACCGCAUUUCAUACCUUCUUGGCCAGACAGAGCUGUUCAAGCAUUUCAUCGAUCUGAAGAAGGCCAAGGAUCCCGAGUUCGCAAAACUAUUGCAGGAGCGUGGCACUGAGCAGAGGGAGAAAGCGAAGGGCCCCAGGGGUUCCCGCCAGGGUCGCAAGACCGAGAAGGAGGAGGAUCAGGAACUCUUGAACGACGAGGAGAACGAGGACGACGACAGCUCAUUUGUCUUUACAGAGUCGCCCGCAUAUAUCAAGAACGGAACUCUCCGCGACUAUCAGAUCCAGGGUUUAAACUGGAUGAUCUCACUUUACAAGAACGGCAUCAACGGAAUCCUCGCUGAUGAGAUGGGUUUGGGAAAGACACUUCAGACGAUCUCGUUCCUUGGAUAUCUUAAGCACGUCCAGGGCGUCAAUGGACCUCAUCUGGUGAUUGUUCCCAAGUCAACACUUCACAACUGGAAGAGCGAGUUCAACAAGUGGCUUCCCGACGCCAACGUCUUCCUUUUGCACGCCAACAAAGAAGAGCGUGGCGAUAUGAUUCAAUCAACACUCUUGACUCAGGAGUUUGACGUUUGCUUGACUUCUUACGACAUCUGUCUUCUCGAGAAGACUCACCUCAAGAAGUUCGCCUGGCAGUACAUUGUCAUUGACGAGGCCCACCGAAUCAAGAACGAAAACUCUCAGCUCUCGCAGAUCAUCCGUGCCUUCAACUCCAAGAACCGUCUCUUGAUCACCGGAACUCCUCUUCAGAACAACUUGCACGAACUUUGGGCGCUUCUCAACUUCUUGCUUCCCGACGUUUUCAGCUCUUCCGAGGACUUUGAUUCCUGGUUCGAGAACCAGGGCGGCGACCAGGAUAAGGUUGUUCAGCAGCUGCACAAGGUGUUGCGUCCUUUCUUGUUGCGUCGCAUCAAGUCUGAUGUCGAGAAGAGUCUGUUGCCUAAGAAGGAGAUCAACUUGUACGUCGGUCUCACCCCCAUGCAGCGUCAGUGGUACCAGCGUAUUCUGGAGAAGGAUAUCGAUGCAGUCAAUGGAGCAACCGGCAACAAGCGUGAAGGAAAGACCCGACUCUUGAACAUUGUGAUGCAGUUGCGCAAGUGCUGCAACCAUCCCUACCUCUUCGACGGCGCAGAACCUGGUCCUCCCUACACCACAGAGCAGCACAUUAUUGACAAUGCAGGAAAGAUGGUCGUGCUGGACAAGUUGUUGAAGCGCAUGAAGGAGCAAGGAUCGCGCGUCUUGUUGUUCUCUCAAAUGAGUCGUGUCCUGGACAUUCUCGAGGAUUACUGCGUUUUCCGUGGAUACGAAUACUGUCGCAUUGACGGUCAGACCAACCACGAGGACAGAGUGACGGCAAUCGACGAAUACAACAAGCCCGACAGCUCCAAGUUCAUCUUUCUGUUGACAACCAGAGCUGGAGGACUCGGAAUCAACCUGGUUACAGCCGAUAUUGUUAUUCUCUACGACAGCGACUGGAACCCCCAGGUCGAUCUUCAGGCUCAGGAUCGUGCCCAUCGUAUCGGACAGAAGAAGCAGGUCUAUGUUUUUAGAUUUGUAACAGAGAACGGUAUCGAGGAGAAGGUGUUGGAACGUGCGGCACAAAAGCUUCGUCUGGACCAACUUGUCAUUCAGCAGGGACGCAUGUCUCAGCAACAAAAGGUGGCAAACAAGGAUGAGCUCUUGACCAUGAUUCAACACGGUGCGUCAGAUGUCUUCAAGGGCACUUCCGAUAACUUCGCCUACGACCCUGAUAUCGAGCAGAUUCUUCGUCGCGGAGAGGAGAAGACUUCAGAACUCAACGAAAAGUACUCGAACGUCGGUAUUGAGGAUUUGGCCAAGUUCACGAACGCUGAGGGAAGUGCUUACGACUGGCAGGGCGAAGACUGGAGCAACAAGCGCAAGGCUGACGGAAGUCUGCUCUGGAUCACACCUGCCAAGCGUGAGCGUAAGGCCAAUUAUGCCGUGGAUGACUACUACAGAGAUGCUCUCCGUGUUGCGCCCAAGCAACCUUCUGUGAAGGCACCUCGUCCUCCAAAAGCGCUCAACAUCAACGACUUCCAGUUCUACCCAGAGCGCUUGAGUGAGCUCCAGGAGAAGGAGAUCCUCUACUACCGCAAGUCGAUCAACUACCGUGCCCUCAAGCCUGUCGGAAACGAGGCCGCCAACAUGACCGAGGAGGAGCUUGAGGAGCAUCAGCAACACGAGCAGGCCUUGAUUGAUACUUCUGAGCAAUUGACUGAGGACGAAAUUGCAGAGAAGGAGAAGCUUUUGGAAGAGGGUUUCGAGAACUGGAGCAAGCGCGACUUUAUCGCUUUCUACAAAGCAUGCGAGAAGUUCGGUCGCAACUCGCUGACUGAUAUUGCCAACGAUAUUGAGGGUAAGACGUUGGCUGAGGUCAAGGCUUACUCGAAGGUGUUCUGGAAGCGUUACACCGAAAUUGCAGAUCAUGAGCGUAUCAUUGCCGCGAUCGAGAAGGGUGAGAGCAAGCUCCAGAAGCAGUCGGAUAUUCAGGACCAGUUGAGAGCUGUCAUCCAGCGCCAUCGCCAACCACUCCAGCAACUCAAGAUCACAUACAACCAGACAAAAACCAAGAACUUCACAGAGGAGGAGGACCGGUUCUUGAUUGUGACCUUGGAACGUCUUGGUUAUGGCACAGACGAUGUGUAUGAUAGGAUCAGGGAUGAAAUCCGCAAGAGUCCCAUGUUCCGGUUUGAUUGGUUCUUAAAGAGCAGAACCACGUUGGAACUGUCCAGACGUUGUGCUUAUCUCAUCAAGUGCCUCAUCGCCGACGACAAGACCGAAGAACCCGCCAAAGUCAAGAAGGAAGAUACGCCAGUGAAGAAGACCAAGAGCGUUUCGUCGGCCAAGGGAUCGCCAGCAGCAUCGCUCAAGGCGUCACCGGCGACGUCGAGGAAAGGAUCGCCAGCUGUCUCCAGCAAGUCGUCUCCUGCUCCCAAGGCAUCCACAGCUUCCUCGAACUCUCGCUCAAGUAGAAGACGCUAA